GGGGGCGCGCAACGCAUGGGCGUCCUACAUAGCUCCCAGAAGGGGCAACGCGUCCUUUGAAAUGUCGGCCUCCCGGGUGGCUCCCCGGCACCAUGGCGCAGGCUGUUGUGCGGGCGUUCCCUCGGGGCGCGUGCGGAUAGAGGGCGCGUGGUGUUGCCCCCUGCCCGAGUGGAUCGAGUACGGCCUGGCUCACGCGAUGCCCCCCGACCUCAUCAGCAAGAUUUUCGCGAACCGCAAGCUGCCGAUCGUCAUUUACAGCGAGGUGGCCACGCCGUUUUCCCGCUGCCGGGCCCUGUGCCGCUGGCUGCUCCGCGCCGGGCACAAGUCGCUGAAGGCGGACCGCCUGCGCCGGCUCCGGGGCGGCAUGUUCGGCUGGAGGCACAAGAACGGCCCCGUGUCGCGGCCCCUGAAGGGCGACGCGGCGCAAACGUUCGCCGCGGACAACGGCCGCAGCGGCCGAGCCAUACCCGAGGGCCCUUGGGCGGUUGCUGCCGGCGCGGCUGCCGACUGAUAAGAGAAAGGGGGCGCCCGUCGCGGUGCGUUGCGGAGAACCGUG